AACGUUAGUUGGGAAUUGCUAAAAGGUAAUCAAACAUUACCAAUGCUAUGGUUCUGUGUUUGUUUCGCGCUAGUGUUUGUGAGCUCGCACGUUCAAAACAAUCCAUUCGCGUACAGCACUCGUGAUCAGCCUGACAGCAAUCUCUCGGGGAAUUUAGUUCAUUAUCAACAGCCCCAUUCGUGGCAAGUGUCAGGAAGAUGUUGUUUCUUACCCCGAUCAGUGCCAUCUUUCUGAUACUUUUUCCAGUGUCCAGCGAUGCUCUAAAUCUCAGCUGCAGCAUCAUCCAUCCACUGCCGAUCCCGGCCGAACGUUACAUGUGGACACCGACGCACGGUGUUCCCGGCAAGCAGGAAGAGCACGAGGAAGUUUGCAUCAUCGCGAGUGCCCGACUGAACAGCACCACCGCCACCAAAGUGCGCUUCCCCAAGCAGCAAACGAUCGAACUGUUCUACGCCUCGAUCCCUUCCUUUGGGCCCGAUCUGUUCGUCCAACUGCACAACGCCACCCUGGCAUUGGAGCUUCGCAAGGGCACCGUGACGGAGCUGCGGUACGGUAGCAGCACACUAAACCACUUGAAAAUCAGCGACACCGGUCUGGACCAUUUCGAAGUGCUGCCCGAGCGCGGCAUCCCGCUGCAGACGCUCAUCAUUCACGAGCGGCUCAUUACCGUGCUGCCAGUGAGUGUGAACGUGCUGGCCGGCCUGAAACUGCUCGACCUGUCCGGCUGCUCGCUCACAACGCUUGACCUGAGCGAACUGUUCGGGCUCGAUGCACUGAUCGCCCUAAACGUUGCCGACAAUCAGCUGGCCACGGUUGGAGCGAGCGGCCCAGUGAAUCUAACGGCCCUGGCCAAGUUCGAUGUGCACCAGAACGAGCUGUCCCAAAUCGACCACUUUCCGGACCAGUUUCCCGCCCUCCGGUACACGCGCAUCCUGCAGAACCGGUGGGACUGCGAGUGGGUCAGUGCGGUGAGGGAGAAAAUUUGGCACCGCAACAUUACCGUGCUGGGGACGGACUUUCGGUGCGGCGGGCGCCGAAUCAACAACGGUGGGCUGUGCUGUACGUACGCCCACCCGUCCCGGGCACGGUUGGCGAUCGCGAAAGCGAUGCUGUCCGUGCUGGAGGAGCUGAGUGCGGCGGCGCCCGAUGCGCCAGCGAUCGGUCCGCUGAUAACGUUCAAGGUGUUCGAGAACGAAACCUUGGACGGGGUGGUCGGGGUAGAGAUGGAACGCGUUGGAAUCUAUUUGCAAGAUCCGAUCGGUGCACCGUAAACAAGAUGUCGUUGGUUGUGUGUGUGUGUUUGAGUGCGUUCGGUGUGUUGCUUUUAGGUUUUAUUCUUUCAGUCACGAUAAGGGAUCAGUACAGCGCACCAGCUUGUGAUCGGAAUCGGUCCAAUCGUUCUUGAAAUGAUCGGUUUCACUCCAUUGCCCUUUUUACUAUUCAUGUAAGUAGUACGCAUACACACACACAGUAAUCAUUUCACCCCUUCUGGUUUCUAAUUAGCUCUCUUCUAGCGAUCCCACCCUCUCCAGCCAGCAGCAGCAGCAGCAGAAAUGCGAUCGAAUGCUCCCGUGUGCAGCCCAACUCCACCUGCUUCAUCGAGGGCGUCGCCUUUGAAUCCACCGCCGACGAGUACCUGGCCAUCUUCCCCCCGGCAACGCACAUAAUUAUGCAGGCGAGUGAAAUUCUACACUUCGCGCCCCAUCUGUUCGAUGCACUGCCCGGGACGGUCUUCCUAACGCUGAAGGGCAGCAUCAUUCCGGCGCUUACCUUCCGCUCGGACGAGCUGCGCUCCCUUCGCAUCGACGCCACCGAGCUGCGGGAGCUGGCCGUCGCUCCGCUCGUCAAUCGACACCUCAACACGCUCAUCAUCACCGGAAACCCGCUGUCGGUCAUUCCACCCACCGUGCGCUACCUGACCGGGCUGUCCAUGCUCGACCUGUCCAACAAUCGGCUGCAGCACGUGCAGCUCGGCUGGUUCGAACCGAUGGCCGGCCUGCUGGUGCUCGACCUUUCGGGCAAUCGGAUCACACGGCUCGACGUUCACGCGUCCCUGCGGCUGGUGCGGCUGGAAAACUUCUGGACCAACCACAACCAGCUGCGGCGGAUUGAGUUUUUCCCUCGGUUUGCACCGGCCCUGCGCCGGGUACGGCUGGUGGAGAACUAUUGGGCGUGCGAGUGGGUGGCGCAGGUGCGGGAAUUGAUUUGGGCCAACCAAAUCCAGGUGCACGGUGCAGAGCAUGCGUGUCCGGAGGCGCAAGAUGGAGGGCUGUGCUGUUACGAGGGUCAACAGCCGUUUAAUGAGCUGGACAGUGGUUUGGAGCAGGAGGCGAAUGGUGACGAUGAAAGAGGACAGUUUGGGAAGACAUACGCACGUGUGGAAAGUUAUCAGCAGGCGCGGGACCAAAACCACCGGGACAGACAGCCGGGCAGAGCGUGCAACGUGCUGGAGCAGAAGUAUCGCACGCUGGUCGAUGAGAAGGAACUGCUGGAAAGGCGUUUCAUCAACACGGUACGGGAGCUCGAGCGGACUGUGAGACGUUUGACGGCCGAGCUGACCGAAGCACAGGACAGGCUGCGCACGCAGCACGUUCGUUUAGCAUGAUUAGGUUUGGGUAUGGUUACCCGUGUUACGAUAAGUCUACAAAAAGUACCAGCCAACACCCCCACUAAAUAAAUGCACCACAACCACA